UUUUCUUUCAUUAUAGGCCACAUUAUGGUAUCCCGGACUCCAUGUAUCUACAUUGUUUUGAUAUUUAUUUGCUGGCUGACAAUGGAAAUAAGUGCCAACACUACGUGCUAUAUCUCUGGGAAUGAAACGCGCGUCACUUUUUCGACUUAUAGAAAUAACAACUGUGGAUUAUGUAAAGGGAUUGGGAUUUGUGUCCGCAAUAUUCAAAACGAAAAAGUAGUUUUGAGUGGGCACAUUGGUACAUUAUUCUACGAGUUUCCUAAAGGGAACAAUACAAGUUUGACGCUUAUAUUAGCCAAUAUCACUUCACCAGAGGAUUACAAACAAAUUCAUUUACUUACAUGUAAUGAUGGAAAGAAAGGAAAGCUUCGAUUUGGACAAUCCAUUGGAGAUUCAACUUUUACUGAAGUGUUUCAUAGAUUUGAAAAUUACAACGUUACACAGAAAUGUUCCUGUUUUGCAUGUAGGUGUGAAAACGGUAACUCUUGUAGCGGCAAUUCUACGGUUCAAGACACCAUUGACUUUUUCUGCAACUGCAAAUUUUCAGAAGAAUCUAAAAAUUCUGCAGUUGAGCGCACUUUCACUACAACCACAGUUUCAAAUCCUAGUUCUACAACAACUUUAUUAACAACCGUUGUUUUGCCUCAAAUUACCACAAAAACCUUCACAAGUAUGACUACCCAGCCAAAUACAACCUCCCAAUCAGACAUUCUGUUGACGACGAGCCCAUCAGAUCGUUCAACAUCGCCUCAAAAAGAUUACGUUUCAGCGGACCAUCAGUCCCAAGGAGAUGGGAUACAUACAAUGGCGAUCGUCGGCGGUUUGGUAGCUCUGGUUGUGCUCAUCAGUAGUGUGAUCUUGUUUAUCUGUCUUCGACGGAGAAAAUGGAAUAAGAAACCACCAGACUCGGCAGAAUCUUGCAUCACAAAUCCGGCCUAUGGAGAAGCGCAGGACGACAAGAAGUAUGCUGGCCUGGAUAAUAAUGGUUAUGAAGAGACUGAAAAUGACGUACACACAUACGCUAUGGCCGAAGAUCCAAAGCAUGAACCAAAGGAUGACGUAGACUAUAACUAUGCCAAUUUUGGUGGACAGCCGAAGUUUCAAGGGCUCACGCCAACGCUUAAUCCCGAAAAAACGGAGAAACAUGCUCCGAGGCCUGGAUUUCAAGCAGAAAAGGGGAAUGCUUAUUUCUUAUCUGAAGCAGGUCUUCCUCAAAAUGAUGAUUAUGAUCUUGCCAAAGAUGUAACUGGUUUUGACGCACAUGGACAACUGGCUGUAAACUCAAACUCAUUACCGCCGCUUCAAGAUAACUAUUUCGUCGUUAAAAAAUCAGGACAAAAUUCAGCCCGAACUGAAAACAGUGAAGCAAAACUAUUCGUACAUGAAAGACACGAUAAUGAUGCUAAUGAGCGUACCGAAGCCAUGCAGAGUGGAACGUUUUUGCCUGGAGGAGAUAAUUACUUUCUUCUCGAAGAAAGUGAUUCGGCCAUUGCAGCAACCGGAAGUAAGGAGUUAGCUGGGAUUCAGGGAGACGACUACUUCCUUCUGGAACAACAAACCGCGACGGAAGCCAAGAACGCAGGAAAUGACGUCUACGAACUCGUACACUCCAGAUCGCACCAGAAUGAUGUAGGCGAUAGAAAAGGUCACGGAAAACGUGCGAUAAAGCCGCACCAAGACGUAGAUACAUAUGAUCACGUGAGAGUUGGUCAUGCCCAGACCAAUGGGAUUGACGAUGGUGUUUAUGAUGAGUUAAGGAAACAAAAUGUUCGUUACCGACCUGACGACGUAGACAAUGAUUACGACCAUUGCUGAACAUGAUUCAGGAUUUGUUAAUGCGCAUAAGUUGAAAGGUCAAAGAACAUAUAUAUAUGAAAACUGACAGAAACAAAAACCAAAAAACAAGAUAUUUCCUAAUUCAAAUGUCCCUAUCAUGAUACCACGAUGUGUAUCAAAUAGUAGGAUCAUGAUUUGAUGAUUAAUUACCUACAAUGUAUAUAUUUCAAUUUGAGCUUAUCUGCAAUUAAUCAAAAUUACAAUAUCGUUGCUUUCAAAAUUUUUGCAUUCUAGUUAAACGUAUGAUAUUAUGUCAAAACAUAUUUGUGUAUCACAACAUGGUUUAAUGAGAUGAAAUAAUUUCCAUUGUACAUAUCUGUAGCAGCCCUUUUCAAUUUUCAGUAUUGAUGAAGUUUUGCAAACCCAUUCCUGCUAAAUAGAUUUUCUAUUGGCAAGCUGCAGUGUGGCCAAUUGGGUCGAGUACUUGUUAGGGCCCCACACGAAGGUGAGAGUGCCAGAUAGUAAUCACUGUGUCCGUCCGUACGUCCGUCUGUCAGUCUGUCCGUCAGCACUUUUAUUUCCAUGCAAUAAUUGAGUUUUCUUGGGCCGAUGUAACUCAAACUUCAUAUAGUUCUUCUUUAUUGAAAGAGCUUGCUUAGAACUGCUUUCCAGCGUCAAAAUUAAAAGGCCAAGGUCACUGCCACUAAAUAUAGAUUAAAAAAAAUCACCUUCCAUGCAAAAUCUAGAGUUUACUUUGGCCAAUCAAACUCAAACUACUUUCAGUACUUCCAUACUUCAAUUGUUUACUUGGAAUUGAUUUACAGAUUGAAAGGUCAAAGAUCAAGGUCACUGUAACUAUAAAUAGAAAAUGAGUUGGGCAGAUCAAAAUAAAAGUUAAGACAGUACUUUCGUGUAGAAAGGUAUUGCAUGGGAUUGCUUUUCUGUGUAGAAGUGCAAAGGGCAACUGUUGCUAAAUAUAGAAAAUCAGUUUUCAUCCAAUAACUUGAGUUUGUUCCGGAUACUGUUCCGACAUAUAAUUUCGCGUAUGCAAAAAAAAGUGUACCGGUGACGUCCGGGACCCGGUGAUGUGACGUCAUUAGAUUAUUGAUGACGUCAAUAACAAUUGCAG